UCGGCAGGGAGCAGAAAUUGGCGGAACACCUACCGCUUUCUGUGGCUAUUAGUGUUGUACAUGUAACCGGCAUGGAUGAGAGGAGGUUUAAACUGCUGGCUAAGCUGAGCCAGGAGGGACGGCUGUCCUGCCUGGAGCAGCAGCUGCGGAGCGGCGGCUCUGCCGCGGCGGCGCGCACCGCGCGCUCCCGCCGCUCGGGAGACUCGCUGCUGCACUAUGCGGCCCGGCACGGACACGCGCACGUCGCAAAGUACCUAAUAAAGCAGCUAGGCGUGGAUGUGGAGGUGCACAAUAAGGACUACAAGAGGCCGCUGCACGAAGCCGCCUCCAUGGGACACGCAGACUGCGUGAGCUGCCUGCUGAGGGCGGGAGCCGCGGUGGACAGCCUGAAGGCGGCGGACUGGACUCCUCUGAUGAUGGCCUGCACCCGGAACAACCUGGCUGUGGUCCAGGAGCUGCUGGUCCACGGGGCCAGCCCCACGCUGAGGAACAAGGACGGCUGGAACUGCUUCCACAUCGCCUGCAGGGAGGGCCACCCGGCCGUGGUGGAGCACCUGCUGCUGGCCCAGCCGGACGUCUGGAGGACGGAGGGCAAGACACGCAGGACCCCCCUGCACACUGCAGCGAUGCACGGCUGCCAGGAGGUGGUGAGGAUCCUGCUGCACAGGUGUGACUACUCCCCGGACAGCCGGGACAGCUGUGGGGUCACGCCCUUCAUGGACGCUGUCAGGACCGGACACGUGUCUGUGGCCCGGCUGCUGCUGGAGGAACACCAGGCGUCUCCGGUGGCGGCCGAUGCUGUCGGGGCUCGGCCGCUGCACCAGGCGGCCGUCACCGGCCAGGAGGACGCGCUGCGGUUCCUGGUGCAGGACCUGGGUGUGGACGUGGACCAGAGGGGCACGGACGUGCAGCUCACCGCCCUGCACUACGCUGCUAAGGAGGGCCACGCGUCUGUGGUGAAGACACUGGUGGAUCUGGGAGCAGACCUUCAUGUCCGGGACAACAGAGGGCGGACUGCUCUCCACCUGGCGUCCAUGGGGCAGCAUGCAGACGCAGUCCGAGUUCUCCUGCUGCUCCGACUCCCGGACUCCCAGGAUGCAUCUGGCACCACGGCCCGGCAGCUCGCCAAGAGGCCAGAUGUAGUGCAGGCGUUUGAAAGUGCUCUGCCAGAUCCAUCAAGCUCGUCUGGGUCUCUCUGAUCCAGUUAAGUGAAGAAAAGAAGCAGUUUCAUUAUUGUGAUGGAGGUAAAUGUGCCCAGGUUAAAGCUUUGGCACAUUUAGACCUGACUCAGCACUUAACACACUUCCUGUCAUAUCUACUCUGUUUAAAUAUGCGUCAGACAUUUUUUUGUUUUUUUCAGCCUUCAGUUGGUUCAUGAGUUUGCUCAAGCGCUGAGUCAGCCUUGAACUGGAUUCACGUGACCAAUAAAAGUGUAACUAAACCAGAUUGCAUCGUUAUCCUCUGCUUGGCACGAUUGGUCUUCAUUUCAGUCUGAGAGUGUUGAUGUUUCCAG